UUUUUUCAUUUGCAUCUCGCUGUGCAUGGGGUAGGUAGAUUUAAGUUUGUGGGAUGUAUUAGCAUUCACGUUUUAUAUUUAAGUCUCGGGUAACUAGAUUUGGUACAUAUAGGAUUCUUGUUUUUUAGUUUUAGAAUGACAUUUUUUUAUCUCUCGACGCAGCCAAAAAAUCUAGUCUCCCUGGGCGCAGCCACCGGUAAUGCGAACAUUUUCGAAUUGAUGCUGGGUCGCCGGAUGGCUAACUUCAGGGGACAAAGAAGAUUGUUUUUACCGCGAUGCCCCCUGAAGUUGGCAUUUGAGCAACCCCUCCGAAUAAUCGUGACCUCAGCACUGCACAAAGAGUGGGAAUCGGUCGGUUCACUUCACCUCUCUAUCUUACACCGUGUACAAAGCCUUAACUUGCGAAUCUAUAACUGUUUCUUGUUCUUUUUAGUGUGUGACGGGCCUAACUUCCGGAGUUCAGAUCAUUUACACACGUGUAUAGUAUAUGAUAUAUGUAUUCCAAUAGCUAUGCAAAUAUAUAAAAAUGUCAUUUGAGUAACAAAUUAUAUUAAAAAAAUAAAAUGAGUGACUUAGAUUACAAUUGUGAUAGUGAUCAAGAAUUAUCUGAAAAUCAUUCAAAACUUAUUGAUGCAGUCAAGCAAUUUGAUAAAAAUCAAAGAGUUAAAAAACCUGAUAGGAGUGAACCUAGCUUAGAAGUUUCAGAAUUUCAUUUGGUUAAAAGUGGUAUCACCAAUCAAAAUGCUGUUGAAAUUGUAGAUUUAGCCAAAAUACUGGGGGAAAAGGAACAUCAUACUGAUCUUGCUAAUCAAAUAAAUGCUACAAAAAUCAAAGCAAAUGUUAUACCAAAACCUACAGAAAAGCCAACUUCUGAAAGAAUUAAGCGAGUAAUAGGAUUUGAAAAUUCCAAGAAAGAGCUCACUAGAUGGACUGGAAUAAUUGCCAGAAAUCGUUCAGCAGCAAGUGUUGCUUUUCCGUUAAGCCAACAUUCUAUGAAACUAGAAUCUUCAAAUGAAUAUGUAAAACGGUUUUGUUUGCAAUCGGAAUUAGAACAGAAGCUUGCAGAAUUAGAACCAGUUAAGAGUAUACAAGAUGAUGAAGAUAAUUUUCCAUUAACGUUACAAGAAAUUUUAGAAAGUAGAAAAGAAGCUGCUAAGUUUAGAGCUCAACAGAGCUACAAAGAAGCUAAAGCACAUCGACAGAAUAAAAUAAAAAGUAAAAAGUUUCAUCGCAUACAGCGAAAAGAAAGAAUUAAAAAAGCUUUAAAAGAAUUUGAUGAUUUACAGAAGAUUGACCCUCAUGCAGCUUUAGAAAAAUUAGAACAUUUAGAAAGAUCAAGAGUUAAAGAACGAAUGACAUUACGGCACAAAAGUACAGGACAAUGGGCAAAAAGUAAACAACUUAGAGCUAAAUACGAUAAUCAUAGUCGACAAAUGUUAAUAGAACAGUUAUCUAUCAGCAGAGAAUUGACACAGAAAAGAAAAACAGAUGAAGAUAGCGAAGAAGAUGAUGAUAAUCGUGACCGGCUGACAGGUUUACAAAUCAAUGAUAAAGAUAAUCCUUGGAUAAAGUCAGCAAACAGCCAGUCAGAAUUAGACGAAUUUAUUAUAGGUUAUCGAAAAUAUUGGGACGAAUUAAGUAAAAUGAAAAAUGAAAAUACCCUAAGUAAAGAUAGCAAUACAAAAAUUGUAAAUGACUUGUGUAAAAAUGAUAAAGAUUUGGAAGAAUUAGGAAAGACAAAUGUAUGUGCAAGUGAUAAUUCAGAGAAAAAAGUAAUUAUUAAAUAUAACGGUUAUAAUAAGUCAAGUUCAGAACUACACAAGCUAAAGGAAAGAACUUGUGGCAAGAAAAAACUUCAUAAGAAUUCAAAGGUUAAGCUUGGCAACAGAUUAAUUAAAAAAAUUUUGAAAAUCAAAACAUUUAAAGAAAAGUCUGGUACAUCAAGUUGGUUGGUUUCUUCUACAGGUACUCAAAAAAACAAUAUUAUCAAUAGGAUCAAAGAUGUUGAUAUUGAUGAAAUCUUUGAAUCAGUCAAUGAUAAAUUGCAAAAAAAACUUGGAAAUAAACGUUCAAAGUUGGAACGCAUGCUUGACCAAGAAUCUAAAUAUAUAACAAAAAUAGAAAACAAAAAAAAAAAAGAUAUCUCUACAUGUGAUAUCGAAAAAUUAAGUUUAAAAGGGCAAAGAAACUUAAAAGUCAUAAUUGAUAAACAAAUGGAAGAAACUGAAAGUUUAGAGUCAUCAAAUGUGAAUUUACAGACUAAUCAAAUAAUGAAAAAAACUGAUUUUGAUGAUUGCAAAAUAUUAAACUCAAAGACCAUUGAAAUAGAUCCUAACAAAUUUAUAAAUAUGAAACCAAAAUCCUUAAAAACUUUUAUACCUGAUAAUGUUGGAGGAGAAGAUGAAACCAUAGAUAAUGAAGAUGUAAUCGAUCAACGUGAAAUAAUAAGUGAAGCUUUUGCUGAUGAUAAUGUGGAAGAGUUCAGGGAUGAAAAAAGAGAAGAGAUGAAAAAGAGCAAACCCAAUGAUAUGGAUUUAAGCCUGCCUGGCUGGGGCAAUUGGGGUGGCCAAGACAUUAAACAAUCUUCACGUAGAAAACGACGCUUCAUCAUAAAGGUAUCUAAAGUAGAAUCACGACGUGCUGAAAAUAAAGGUGAUGUCGUGAUAAUCGAAGAAAAAAAUGCAAAAAUUAAGCAACAUCUUGUGAGUGAGUUACCGUUUCCCUUCACCAGUGUACAAGAUUUUGAAGCAAGCGUGAGAGCUCCAUUGGGACGUAAUUUUGUACCUGAAAAGAUUUUUAACAAACUUAUACAACCUCCCAUUAAAACUAAGAUGGGGAAGAUUAUUGAGCCCAUGACAGAGAACGUACUAAUAAAAACUGAAAAUUUAAUGAAAAGAAAAAAAAAUAUAAAAAAUGUCAAAGGGUAAAUUAGAAAUAUUAUAAAAGCUUGAGUAAGGAGAUAAUGUAAAAAAUGAAUAAAAGUCUAAUGAGCAAUAUUUAUUUAAGUACCUAUGUAUUAUAAUAUUUUUGUUACUCAGUGUUAUUGUUGUUACAAUAAAAUAGAAAAAUUCUUAUUACUUUUAGAAAACUGCACUAUAAGAUAAUCCAAUUUCGAACAUGGAUAUAAGCAAAUGGUUUUUAUUUAAAAUAACAAAUUAAUAUUUAUGAUAAAGUGCACAUAGAAUGAAGGUUGCAAGUCUCGAAUAAAAACUAUUACUUACUUAUUAAUUUACUUGAUAUUUUGAAACUUGAAAUUUUCCUUCAAAAUUUAAUUAUUAUGUUCAACAAACUAUAGUUAUCAUAAUGAUUCGAAAAAGAAAAAAAUUGAGUCUAUUAUUAAGUUUAGUUACAAAAUAAGAUUAUACAAUUUGUAUCAGAGGUGCUCAUGGCAAUGCACCAAUGUGAUAUCGUACAGUAUAGCUGAUAAAUAUGUCAACAUAUAUGGUAUUGACUGUGUAUCAGUAUUAAUCUGCUAAUUGUUCAUCACAGGCUGCACAUUCAGGCUAUCAAACAAUGUAUUCCUUGUUUCUACUUAUAAGUACUGCUCUUAACAUUAAAAUGGCAAAUUAAUUAAAAUCA